AGUGGAUUUAAUUCUACUUUAUCUCAUUGCUAGUCUUAUUGACAACUAGCGUCGCUCGCUUGUAACAAAAGUCUUAAUCAGAAUGAUGUAAACAAUGCUUUAUAGGGAAGCCUAUUAUGUAAACACCUUUAUUGUAAAUUCAAACACAUAGGAACAUCUGCAUUGGAAUGAAUGAACCCCCCAAAACUACUGAAGUUCAGCUUUCUGGUUUCUUUAUUCCCUACGGAACUGGCAUUAUUGCAAAACCCCAAAUCAGCCACAGAGAGGAAGGGGAGGAAUGUAUAGCAUCUGUGGCAAUGACUUGAUAUGGCGUGUUAACGACCGCGAUUCAGGAAAACAUGUGUUUGUUUUAACUGCUUAAAAAAAUUGCUCAGUAACAAAAUAAAAGCGCGUUUCAUCACACAGUUAAAUUAUGCAAAAGAAACACUCUAGAGGUAAACUUCUACUUCUUUUUCAAACAAUCUCAUUGAACAUACGAACCAACAAGUUCAGCGAAUAUGCGCCUGCGCCAAGGCCAUGCGUACAAGAACAACUACUUCCGGUUAGUGACCAUGAUAUUUAGGACAGUGCUGAAAAACGCAAGACUAGUUCCAGUACCGCGCGGUUAAAGCCUUUCGUACCUUUACUCGAACGAUUCAAACACUGAAAUUUUGUCUGUUUUCGCCAGAACACGCGCAUGCGCAUACGUUAUUUAGCACUGUCGAUAUUUAGUGACUUUUUUUUCGUCUCAUGUUCGAAUUUGUAAAAGCGCAAUCCAGCGUAGUAUUUUUUUUACGCGUCCCAGAGCCCAGCUGCAUGCUUCAAAGAUGUCCGCGAUUUUGUUUUUGUGUAACUUUGGCAACACCAUUCAUCGAGAAAUAGAGAAAUGAAUAAAUUAUCAUCAAACAAGAGACAGGCGAAUAAACAUGGCGAAGGUUGUUGUCUUGGUAUGGGUUUUACCAAUCGCGCUAAUAGUAUGGCUUCAAUCCGGAGUUACAGCUAAAAUAGUCGCUGGGGAUAUAGAUACUCGAGAGGACUGGCAAUUUGUUGCACGAUUUUGCUUCAAAGAUUCUUAUGGCGAGAUGAGAUACAGAUUCGAGUAUCCGGAGGAAUAUGCAGUACAAAAUAUACUUAUGUACUUCGACAGCCAGUGGCCGAACGCUUAUCCCCAAGUCGGAAUGACAUGCACAACUAGAGAAGACAAGCUUUAUAGGGGCAACAAUCAAGUUAUCAAUUUAACAACCUCCUUUAUGUGGUCUGGUUGUAAGAAAGUAAUUGUGGACAACAAAGAUAUGCUCCACUGCACUAGUGACAGGAAGUUCCUUUCCAUGCGAGCUCGAUGGUGGUAUAUAGUUGUCAGUAAUUGCAAAGGAACCAAGGGGCUUAAACUGAAGUAUGAAUUAAAUCUAACAAAUGGAGAUGAUUUUUGGACAAUGCAUUUUUCAGCAGAUGAACGACAUAUUUUAAAGAUGGAUAUUUUCUUUGUGGUGACGUUUUUGAUUGUCAUUGUUUUAGCUAUACAUGUGACAUAUGUGCUUAUAAGUCGACGGCUGUUUCACUACACGUACAAGUUGUUUAUAUGGUCAUUACUUUUAGAAUUUGUCAGUAUAUGUGUGAACAUUGGUUACUACGUUCAUUAUGGCAACACAGGGUUUGCUGUAUACAGUGCGCAGAUUGCUGCUCGUGCAAUCCAUUACAUUGCACAUAUUAUGUUUCUUGUUCUACUCAUUCUCCUUGCCAAGGGCUGGACCGUGACAAGGGGUCGUAUUAGUAGUACAGGUCAAGUCAAACUUGGCAUAUUCUGCACUUUAUACUCUGUUUGUUUUGUUGUCUUGUUCAUCUAUGAAGCUGUGAUUUUUGAUCCAGCUGAUGUGUUGUAUGUAUAUGAGAGCCCUGCUGGUAUUGGGAUAUGUAUACUCAGAGUAAUUGCUUGGUUAUGGUUCUGCUAUGGCACAUUCUUCACCUUGAAGCACUUUCCUUCAAAGGCCACUUUUUAUUAUCCGUUUUGGUUUUUCUAUACUGGUUGGUUUCUUGCUGGGCCAGUGAUAGUGUUAAUCUCUGCAUAUGUAAUACAGAAAUGGGCAAGGGAGCAAAUUGUGCAUGGUAUCGAGUGGAGUGUCUCCCUUCUCGCUCACGUCUUUUUCUUGGCAAUAACGAGGCCGUCUGCUGCGAACAGAAACUUCCCAUUCCAUAUGAGAACUAACCAGAUCGGCAUCAUGGAGCCUCAAACCUCGUUCCCAAUGACUUCUGUUCCUCCUCAACCUUCUGCUAUUUACCACAACUCGUCGUACAGCACCCCUAUGUCGGGGUCCCCGCAGUCGCAAACCUUCACGGACAUUUCAGCUAUGUUCCUCGCACACAACGCAAGGGGUCCCUCGCCUAAAGGUCUCUAUGGCAACGGCGUAUCCAAUGGUAAACCAUCAAGUCCAACAGCUAUGCCUUCUACAAACCCAGAUAUAUUUGCAGCUCGCUCGGAACAGUCACGUGACAGGGGCGACGAGCCCCCACCCUACUCAAGCGUACAGCAUACUUGAUUAAUGAGACAAAGAUAUUUAUUUAUAUAUAAUACAGCACGUUUAUUCAGUCGUUAAUGCUUUUAUCGAAAAUAAACAUUUAAGUUAUUCAUACUCUAAACAUCAAUGAAACGAGCCAGUCCCUAAAUUUUCUCGUUUUUAUUUUCUUUUUUUAUGGUGUGCCGCUAGCCCCAUUCAGACCUUUGUGUUACGGUUUGUUUCACAUUUCUAGUUUGGUGCCUUUACUUAACAAACAGAUCCCAUUUUUGCGUGUGUCUGUCCUCUAAUAGAUGCACAGAUGACGUCAUAGCGUGUCAUUAACAAGAUAAUACGCAACGAGGCGCAGUCGAGUUGCGUGACUGUUGUCAUGACACCCUGUGACGUCUCCUGUGCAACUGUUAGAGAACAGACGCACAAAAAAUGAGAUCCAUUUGUUUUUUACAAAAAGUUAUCUUACAUUACAAUCUAGUUUUGGGCGCGCGCAUGCUGACACCAAGUGUGCGUGUGUCCUCCAAUAACACGUGGUCACUUGACCAAUCAAAGCGCGCGAUUUACCAGUGAAGUUGUAUAACAAAAAUUAAUUCCUUCUCUAGCCGACAUCAAUCGUUUUCUAUUUUAUAUUAAGAAAACGGGAAAACUUCGGGGGGGCUAAAUCGGAAUUCAAACGCGCACAGUAUAACAUCUUACAAUUCAACACGUGUCCAUUCUUGUAGAAUAUUCGAAUGUAAUUAUUCAAAUUGUUAAUAGUAUUCAUAACGAUUUCAUUCGUAUAAAUUAUUUUAAUAGAUGUUAGAUAUGUUACAGGUGUAGUGACAGGAAUGUUAAAAUAGAUAACCUAAGUGCUGGUCAUGUCAGGAAAUGCCAUUGUUUUGAUAUUGUCAUGGUGAGAAUGAUAGAAAGAUUACCAAGAGAGUAUAAGAUAAGAGACUCUUUAGUAUCAGCCGUUCCUCUCUUAUCUUAUUCUUUCUUGAUAGUACGAGUUUAAUUAACCUGUAGAUAAAUGCCAUAGAAAGUAAAAUGUUAUCUUGA